GUGACAUUGAGUCGUAAAUUGAGGUUAUCAAAUCAAUUUUCAGGAAAUAAUCUGCAUAAUCUUGAUAAUUAAGACUAAAAGAAUAUGUAAAUAAGUGAUAUUCUGAUCGAAUAUUAAGUUUAAUUUUAUAAAAAUGUGGCAGUUAAUGCAAAUGCACUCUUGCCAGCUCGUGAGACAGAGGUUACUAACUUCAAAGGCUAAUGUCUACUUUACAAAUAUAAUUAAAAACAAGCCUUCAAAUGUCGUUAAACGGUACUUUUCGGAGGUGAAACCAGCGGCAGAGAAAAAUGCUAAAUCAGAUUUAUUACUGUUAUGCAGUCCUUGGAAGUUGUGUACCGGGGUCAGUUUAGCACUCGGAGCUCGUUACUUUUUAAGUAAUGGCCCUGCGUAUUGUAAGGCUGUUGUGGGUCACUCGAGGAUAAUACAAAGAAGGCCAAAUGUUGAUGAAGAUACUGCUAAGUUUGAUUGGGAGAAGUUCGUGUCUUAUCUACAGCCUCACAAGUGGCUGUUGGUUGCUGCUGUUGCGUCAGCUUUAGUAGUGGCUUUCUUGAACGUGUACAUCCCAGCGAUAUUAGGAGAAGUGGUGAAUGUACUGGCUAACCAACGUCAUACCCCAACUGCAGACUUCCUGGAUGAGAUCAGAACGCCUGCACUUAAACUUAUUGGAUUGUAUAUGGGACAGGCUGUAUUUACAUUCCUGUACAUUCACUUGUUAUCACAAAUUGGUGAGCGAGUCGCCUCUGAGAUGAAACAAGACUUAUUUGAGUCCAUCCUGAGGCAGGACAUGGCAUUCUUCGACCAGGAGAGGACUGGGGAGCUGGUUAAUAGGAUCACAGUUGAUGUACAAGAUUUCAAGAGUUCCUUCAAACAGACAAUUUCAGGUGGUCUAAGAGCCACUACACAGGUAGUGGGAUCAUCAGUGAGCCUGCUAGUCAUAUCACCACAGUUGACCGGACUGACCCUACUAUGUAUACCGUCAGUGGUCAUCGGUGGUACUUUCAUAGGAUCACUGCUCAGAAAGCUGUCUAGGGAAGCACAGACACAGAUAGAAAAAUCAACGCUAGUAGCGGAAGAAGCGAUAUCGAACAUGCGGACGGUCCGCGCGUUCGCGGGCGAAGAGAACGAGGCACAACUGUUCAAGCGAGAGAACAAGGCUGCUGCGGAACUCAGCAUGGAGCUAGGACUUGGCAUCGGGCUGUUCCAAGCAGGGACUAAUUUGUUCCUUAAUGGCAUGGUGCUAGGCACGAUGUUUAUGGGCGGGCACUUAAUGUCAUCCGGCCAGAUGUCAGCGGGCGACGUGAUGGCCUUCCUGGUGAACGCUCAGACGGUGCAGCGAUCAGUCGCUCAGCUGUCUCUGCUGUUCGGAGCCGUUGUGAAGGGGAUCAGUGCUGGAGGACGAGUGUUCGAGUACAUCAACAAGAAACCGGUGAUGGACAAUUCCGGCACACACAUGAUCAAGUACCAUGAAUUCCAUGGUGAUAUAGAGUUCAAAGAUGUUACCUUCGCGUACCCGACUAGACCAGAUGCGGUUGUGUUGAAGAACUUUAACCUAAAGAUCCCGGCCGGUAAAACUGUAGCUAUCGUUGGUACUUCUGGUAAUGGAAAGUCUACUAUUGCAGCGUUAUUAGAGAGGUUCUACGACGUGGACAGUGGUUCAGUGACGUUAGACGGUAUCGACGUCCGUCUGAUGUCGGGCUCGUGGCUGCGCGGACGAGCUCUCGGCCUCAUCGGGCAGGAGCCCGUGCUGUUCGCCACCAGCGUCAGGGAGAACAUACGGUAUGGACGACCUGAUGCGAGUGAUGAUGAGGUAUACCGAGCAGCUCAAACAGCCAACGCUCACGACUUCAUCUUAAACUUCCCCGAGGGAUACGACACGCUCGUGGGGGAGAGAGGGAUGUCCCUCAGCGGGGGACAGAAGCAGAGGAUAGCCAUCGCCAGGGCUGUCAUCAAGAACCCGCCGGUUAUGAUACUGGAUGAGGCUACUAGUGCCCUAGACUCAGCGAGCGAGAAAGUAGUACAAACAGCGCUAGAAACAGCAGCGCGGGGCCGCACCGUGCUCGUCAUAGCGCAUCGACUGUCCACCGUCAUGAACGCUGACUUGAUAGUCGUGCUAAACAAGGGCCAUAUUGUGGAGAUGGGAACCCACAGUCAGCUGAAGAAACAGAAAGGUUUCUACUGGAACCUGAUAAAACAGCAAGAUCAAGACGCCGCAUCCGAAACAGCUUAUGCGUUAUGAAAUUUGAAAUAUUUUUUUAUAUAAAAAUUAUGCGAAUGUAUCACUCCGGCUUACACGACAAAACUACUGAACUGAUUCAAAUGGAAUUUGGUACACAUAUAGUGUGGGACUUGAGUAAGGAUGUAGGCUAGUGUUUUUUCUGGUGGAAGUAAUUUCCUUAAACACUUGGGUGAAAAAGAUGAAAUCGGUAAGGCUCUCAAACUUUUGUCGGCCAUUUGCCUGUCAAGUCAUACAGAAUUCAGCGUGGAAAAGCAAUAGUUAUGAUAAGUCAUGCCCUGUUUCGCUCAGACACAGGCCUUAGAAAGAAACCAGAUAUUCUUGUACAUUUGCAUAUUUAUAAUGUGUUGGAAAACCAAGCCCACACCAGCCAUCCAUUGGUCAAAUGCCGUUUUCCCGCGGUUUCACCCGCGUCCCGUGGGAGCUACUGCCCGCACCGGGAUAAAAUUUAGCCUAUGUUACUCACAGUUAAUAUAGCUUUCUAAUGGUGAGAAUAUUUAAAAUCGGUCCAGUAGUUUUUGAGUUUAUCCAUUACAACCAAACAAACAGAGUUUUCCCCUUUAUAAUAUUAGUAUAGAUAGUGGAACACACCCUAAGCAUAAUGUUAUGUGUGCUAAUGCUAAUUAGUAGCCUUACCCAUGCUUACCUCAGUAGUAUUAACAGAAUAUUUAUGAAACUUUAACCAAUAUUCGUCCAGUAAUGUAGAUACCAGUGUGAUAACGAAUAGUUUAAAUUCCGGAGUACAAUAAAUAGAAUGCGGGUGAUAAUAAUACCUACAGUUGUCAAUGAAAGCAGGCCCUUGCUUUGGGUUUCAUAUAUGGUUAGACCUCAAGGUCUAUAAAAAUACCCAAAACUGUUAAAUGCUUUUAGCAUCCAGGUGCCUUAUCUUCUCAUUUUCACAUCUUGCAUUAAUUGCGUGUUUAACAAAAGAAUUUAACGUUUCUUACAAACUUCUUAACUUCUUGAAAAAUGAUAAAUACCUAUUGUUAAUUCCAUAGUUUGUCAAAAUGGGUUAACUUGGUUCAAGUGUGUAGUUUAGUUUUAUGGGGCCUUCAUUAAAGUAACGUCUACUUAACGUUACUAUAGAAAACUUUAUUACUUUAAAACUUGGGGCCUUGGGGCCUUUAUUUAUUUUGGGCCCCAUAAAAUAGAGCCUUGAAGUUUUCUAUAGUAUCGUCUACUUAUCGUUACAGAACACUAAAUGGCCAAGGCCCCAUAAUUUUUAUAAACUUAAGAGGCUUUUUCUAUAAAAAUAAUUUGGGAAUAUUGUAUUUAAUUUGUUUUGUCUCUAUUAAAAACCUUGUGUGGUUGAUUGCUCGUGAUUAGGUAUAAGUUUGUAAAAAAAUAUAUUUAAAACCAAUAUCGGUAUGAAGUUAUGUAAUAUAGUUUAGUGAAUAGAUGUCUAUGAAUAUUGUUGUUAAUCACUGCUAUUUAUUGUGUUAAUUUUAAGGAGUUGGCGGUUAACUUGAGAAACGCAUUGUCAAUUAUCGCGUUACUACGCAGAAAGUUCGCUAGUCUGAAAGUGCUGUCAUCGUGUGCGGGGUUGAUUACUGAUGCUUGUUUUUUAUGAAUUUUGGUGCUUCAGUACCUAACAGAUUUAUGAAGUGUAGAUAUAGAAUUAGUUAGAUGACCAGUUGUUGAUAGUUAUUUUCAUCCACGUUUGUAUAUUUAUAUAAUUUAAACUUGUCUUUAUUGUCUAAAUGUUUUAUGCAUUUGGCUUUGUUGGAUAAUAGAGCUUGCUAUGUGCGAUCAAGUUAAAGGUACUGUCACAAAAAAUGCCUUUCACGCUAAUGGAUAUAAUAAAUUAAAUGAACUAAAGAUGACUUCUUUCACAAUGACUUCUUCCACAAAAGCAAAACUUAUGUGUGUGUAAAUUACGGAAGGGCACAGUAGUAGCCCGCAUUGAGCAAACGUGGUGAUUAAUGCUCAAUCCUUCUCUGUGUGAGAGGAGGCCUGUGCACAGCAGUGGGACGAUAAAAAGUCUGCAACAGUAGUGCCGAGUCGCCGAAUCAAACAAUGUUCGUGUAGUUUUACACACAGGUAGGCCGGCAAUACACGGACCGCUUGAAGCAGUCAGGGGCGACAGCUUCAAGCUGUCGACUGCAGUGAACUGCAGAGUUCUAUGGACGUACAUACACAAACCACUCGAGCAGUUGCCACUGAUUCGGGCGGUCGACAGCUUAAAAUUGUCGCUCCUGACUGCUUUAAGCGGUCCGUGUAUUGCCGGCCGUAUGGUUCACCUGCUUUUAGAAAGAAAGAAAAACCAUAUUCAACACAAAAAUGACGCAAGAAACUUUUGUGAAAGAGUACAUUUGAAGUUCUGUGAAUGCCGUUCCCACAUUUUAAAUAUUAAGCCCACAAUUUAAUAUCAUUAAAGUCCACAGUUUUAAGCGAUAUGUGUAAAGACAGUUGAUAACGGUAAGAAUUUUAACUAGGUUGGUAUUUUGAAAAGACUAUGGGUGAGAAUGUAAUCAUGGGGGUAUUUGAAACAAAUAAAAUGUUGUUACCAA